AUGUUAUAAUUAAGAAGGCUUCCAAAAUUUUUAUUUUGUUAAAAUUAAAACAUUGAUAAGAAAAAUGUGACUGUAAAUAUGGAAUAGAUAAAAUAAAGAAUAAUGGAGAGGAAGACUGAAUUACCAUUUAAGGAUCCAUCAAUAAAUAAACCUAGAGAAUUUUAUGAUACAAAGCAAAAUAAAAGGAAAACAGAAUAUAUAUUUGAUUUUAUUGAUCCAACUCUACAUAACAAACCAUUUUUAUAGCAAGUGUUUGGAUUGGGUAAUGGAUAUUUUUCAGUGAAUGAUGUUUGGUAUCCAGGAAGUAUAUUAAUAUUUCCUUAAUAAAUAUUUUUAUGGGAUGUAUAGACUGCAGCUGAUAUAAGAGCACAUAGUUUUGAUAUUUUAGAAGUGAUUAAACCAAGACCAAGUAAAAAUAAUCUAUAUAUAUAUAAAUAGGUUAUGUAUUGAUUGGGACAGGAAGAGAGAAAUAGGAUUUACCAGAUUCAUAUUUUGAGAAAUUUAAAAAGUAUGGUAUUAAAGUGGAUGUGGUUGCAACAUUUGAGGCAUGCAGUCAUUUCAAUUUUUGUAGUGAAGAACAAAGAGAUGUUUGUGCUUUUAUGAUUCCUUAAAAUUUAUGAA